GGACGUGCGAGGAGGUGGUGCGGUAGACGCACGGACUGGCAUCCACUCUUUUUGAAAUCCUGCGGAUCUGAUUGGCGAAUGGCCGCUGGAUUUGGAAAGAGGCAAGCACUUCUCCGAAUGCCGAAGCGGGAAAAGCAAAGUCCAAGGUGAGGAACAAAGCGCCUUCAUCCACACUGAGAGGUUAUAGGUAUCCGGAUAUCCCAAGCACCCGACUCUACUUCACCCACACUUCACUUUCGAGAGGGGACACGCCUCCGUGAUAAUCUCCAGAUUGACCCUAAACAGGCGGGAACUGCAACUCCAUCGCUGUCGCUGUAUUCUUGAAUCCGAAAUUAUCCACUUCCAACCUCGGGUCGGCAAACAAGAAGAGAAGGUUACAGCAGUCCAGACACUGAGCAAGUUCCGCCAGCCAUUCAGCGGCACUACCUAUCUUUCCCCGGCCUGUCCGCCCGCCACUGCACGUUCUAAGAGUGUCAACGCUACUACCGCCGCGUACGAAUACACUCUUUUCAUUGGCCAGAUUGGGCUACGGUUGAUUUAUCAUAAGCAACGUAUUUAUAACGGUCACCAUUACCUACCUACACCAACAAUAACGUCCUUUAUCCUCUCUCGCGAGGCACUUUCGAGAGCAUCAGCAAGAACAAUCGUUGGGCUCAAUUUCUGCUUUGAAACCCCUGUCAGACGACACCAUGUCUUUCUCCAGCCUUGUACAAGACCUCUCUCUCCGGGACCCCAAUGCGCCCAGGCGCCGCGGUGACGCUUCAGUCUCUACCAUCGACGACCGCGCUUCUCGCACAUCCCACAUUUCCCGCGCCAUGUCCUAUGCCAGCACCGCCGCCACCAGCGUCAGCAUCUCCGGUGAUAUCUCCAGCCAGCUCCAUGGCGGUUAUGCCCAUCCUCUUGCCCGCUCGUGGCAGGCCGAGCGUCAACUAACAAAGUCCAUGCUCAUCUAUCCCCUAUUCGUUUCCGAUAACGACGAUGAAGAGGUUCUGAUUCCUUCUCUCCCGAACCAAUAUCGCCGCGGCAUCAACAGACUCGUUCCCUUCCUCGAGCCGCUCGUCCACAAGGGCCUUCGCUCCGUCAUUCUCUUCGGCGUCCCUCUUAAGCCCGGUACCAAAGAUGCGCUGGGAACCGCUGCCGAUGAUCCCGAGGGUCCCGUCAUCCGCAGCAUCCGCCUGCUGAGGCAAAGAUUCCCCCAGCUAUACAUCACUGUCGACGUCUGCUUGUGCGAGUACACUUCCCAUGGUCACUGCGGUAUUUUGCGCGAUGACGGCAGUCUCAACAACCAAUUGUCGGUCGAUCGCAUCUCGGACGUUGCUCUUGCCUACGCCAAGGCCGGUGCCCACUGCGUUGCUCCUUCCGACAUGAACGACGGCCGCAUUCGUGCCAUCAAGCUCAAGCUCAUCGAGGAGGGUAUUGUGCACCGUGUGACGCUCAUGUCGUACGCCGCCAAGUUCUCUGGCUGCCUUUACGGUCCCUUCCGUGACGCUGCCGGCUCAUGCCCUUCGUUUGGCGACCGCAAGUGCUACCAGCUGCCUCCUGGAGGCCGUGGUUUGGCUCGUCGUGCCAUUGUUCGUGACAUCAACGAGGGUGCCGAUAUCAUCAUGGUCAAGCCCGCAAGCCAGUACCUGGACAUCAUCAGUGACGCCAAGGAGCUCGGAAAGGACUUGCCCGUUGCUGCUUACCAGGUCAGCGGUGAAUUUGCCAUGAUCCAUGCUGCUGCAAAGGCGGGUGUUUUCGAUCUUAAGGCUAUGGCCUUCGAAGCCACCGAGGGUAUUCUCCGGGCUGGCGCCACCAUCAUCAUCAGCUACUUUGUUCCCGAGUUCCUUGACUGGCUCUCCACAUAAUUUUGUCAUCAUAAGGGCAGGAGUCAAUGCAAUGGCUGGCGCAGGGUGUUUCGGCGUUUCUUAUGUUUUCUUAUACCAGGUUAUAGAUCUUACUACGGGUUUGGGGGUUAAAAAGUUCAGGACGGGAUGGGUCAUGAUGCACGAGCACGUAAAAGGCGUACAUACCAAUAAACGCACCUCUUCAUACGAACUUUGCACCGUCUUCUAAGCAUUGAACUGACGAACGAUCGCUUCACAUACUCAUCAAAAACCAAAUCGCCAACCUUGUCCUUUGCCAAGUUGGAAAUACACAUGUUCCUUGCACAACGAAUGAGCAGUGCAUGGGUCUCCUUAGGAAAACCAUCUCUCGAUGUCAACAAAACGUCAUCCCACACCUUUCCACCAUUGCCAUGAGUUCUCCAGGGUGCGCAGACCUACAUCAUACUGUGUGCCCCUUCAACCCCAUAAACUACCCAAACGACGGCUUAAGCUAAAAUCUACCACGGACAACAUAUACAGCCUUAACCGUCAGUCAGUUAGAAUCACGUAGGUCUGGAAUUACUUUGAAUAAGACAUGACCGAGUAUGGUCAGCACGGGCCAUAUCAAAGCCACACGCUAUCGGUAUAGGAAGACGUGGAUGACUGUUGCUACCAUUGGCGUUCUUUUUCCUAUUUUUAUUCGCACCAAAGUUCAUACUACAGAAUAUUGGAAAAUUUCAUAUUGGGGUUUGGUGAAAACUUCGUUAUAUGGACAGGUAUACGUAUAUAUGCACAGCUGCCAGCAGGAACUGAAUGUAUGCAGCUACGAAACAACGCAUUGCUCUUAAUUGUCCGGGACCGGAAUCGAACCACUUUCAAAAUCAACCGAGUUCCAGU